AUGUUGACACGUGGCAGGCAGCGCGGCAAAGCCAGAGCGAAAGGCAAGACUCGCUCUUCUCGGGCUGGGCUGCAGUUCCCGGUGGGCCGCGUGGAUCGGCUGCUUCGCGAGGGCAACUAUGCAGAGCGGAUAAGCGUCGGCGCUCCGGUCUACCUGGCCGCCGUGCUGGAGUACCUGACGGCCGAGAUCCUGGAGAUGGCGGGCAACGCGGCGCGGGACAACAAGAAGACGCGCAUUAUCCCGCGUCAUUUGCAGCUGGCCGUCCGCAACGACCACGACAUGAACAAGCUGCUCAGCCGGGUCACUAUCCCCCAGGGCGGCGUCGUGCCCAAUAUCCCGCCCGCCUUGCUGCCCAGGGGAAGAGAGGAGCAGAGGGAAAGAAAGAAGAAAGCACAUUUUCAAGUUGUUUUAGGAUUCUAAAAUUGUAGUUCAAGACAAAGGAGGGUUUUUUUUUUGCAUUGGGUUCCAUCGUAUAUUAGAAGCGUUUGUGUACGAUGAAAGCAAACAUUUGAUGAAUCUUCCACUCUUCCUAUUUUUCAGUAAUCCUUUCUCACAAUUACUAGCCAAAAAUGCAAGUAUUUAAAAAAAAUACCCACAAAGAAAGCCGUAUUUGCA